CUCCCUCCCCUCCCUCCCUCUCUCCCUCUUCGUGUUCACUUACCUCUCUCCGUGUUGUCCCUCCUGCCCCUAAGGGAACAGGCACCCUGUGGGACCUGUUUCCUGAAGCGUUUACUCCGUUUGGAUCGUGCGGGGUUCGCUACAGCUCGGUCUCGGAUGAGAGCUCUGCUGGACUCUCCUGUGAUACUAAGUAAACAAAAGUACAGAUAAUGAAGAUGUCCCAGUUUCUUCCAGAAGUGGCUUGGCAUAACAUCCAGACUGAAAAAUAGCAACUAAUUAUUUAAUAAACACAAGUUUUAUAACAAUAAAGUAAUAAAGAAAGAAAAAGUGCUCAUCAGAUGCUAAAACAACAAUAAUAAUGUAGAUCCGAGUGUGAUGGACAGGUAGCAGAAGAUUUCGCUUUGAUAUCAGGGAAUCAGAAUGACCGAGUGCUUCCUGCCUCCCACCAGCAGCCCCAGUGAACACCGUCGGGUAGAGCACAGUGGGGGUCUUGCCCGUACUCCCAGCUCUGAAGAAAUCAGUCCUACAAAAUUCCCUGGAUUGUACCGCACCGGUGAGCCUUCACCCCCUCAUGACAGCUUACAUGAGCCUCCAGAUAUAAUAUCUGAUGAUGAAAAGGAGCAUGGGAAGAAGAAAGGAAAAUUUAAGAAAAAAGAAAAAAGAACGGAAGGCUAUGCUGCAUUUCAAGAGGACAGUUCCGGUGAUGAAGCUGAAAGUCCUUCAAAGUUGAAACGGUCCAAGGGAAUACAUGUCUUCAAGAAACCCAGCUUUUCCAAAAAGAAGGAAAAGGAUUUUAAGAUAAAAGAGAAACCCAAAGAUGAAAAACACAAGGAAGACAAACAUAAGGAAGACAAACAUAAAGAGAAGAAGUCGAAAGACUUAACUGCAGCAGAUGUUGUAAAACAGUGGAAAGAGAAGAAGAAAAAGAAAAAGCCAAUUCAGGAGACAGAGAUACCUCAAGUGGAUGUUCCGAGUCACAGACCCGUGUUUGGCAUUCCUUUGUCUCAUGCCGUAGACAGGACCAUGAUGUACGAUGGCAUCCGCCUGCCAGCAGUUUUCCGUGAAUGUAUAGAUUACGUAGAGAAGUAUGGCAUGAAAUGUGAAGGCAUCUACAGAGUUUCAGGAAUAAAAUCAAAAGUUGACGAGCUAAAAGCAGCCUAUGAUCGCGAAGAGUCUCCUAACCUGGAAGAAUACGAGCCCUACACAGUGGCCAGCCUGCUGAAACAGUACCUGCGAGAGCUGCCUGAAAAUCUGCUUACCAAAGAGCUCACGUCCCGCUUUGAAGAUGCUUGUGGAAAGAGCACAGAGGCUGAGAAAGUUCAGGAGUGCCAGAGGCUGCUGAAAGAGUUGCCAGAGUGUAACCACCUCCUAAUUUCUUGGCUGAUUGUGCAUAUGGACCAUGUUAUUGCAGAGGAACUGGAAACAAAAAUGAACAUCCAGAAUAUUUCUAUAGUGCUCAGCCCUACUGUCCAGAUCAGCAAUCGUGUCCUGUAUGUAUUUUUUACACAUGUUCAGGAGUUCUUUGGGAACGUGACCCUAAAGCAGGUGACAAAACCCCUUCGCUGGUCAAAUAUGGCAACAAUGCCAGCACUUCCAGAAACACAAGAAAGCAUCAAAGAAGAAAUCAGGCGACAGGAGUUCCUACUGAACUGUUUACACAGAGACUUGCAGGCAGGCAUAAAAGACUUAUCCAAAGAAGAGAGACUCUGGGAAGUGCAAAGAAUCUUAACAGCUCUUAAGAGGAAGCUAAGAGAAGCUAAGAGACAGGAGUGUGAAACAAAGAUUGCACAAGAAAUUGCUAGCCUUUCAAAGGAGGAUGUCUCCAAAGAAGAAAUGAAUGAGAAUGAAGAAGUUAUAAAUAUUCUGCUUGCACAGGAGAACGAGAUUUUAACAGAACAGGAAGAACUGCUGGCCAUGGAGCAGUUUCUGCGGAGACAGAUUGCCUCAGAGAAGGAAGAAAUAGAUCGUCUCCGAGCAGAAAUAGCUGAAAUACAAAGUCGCCAGCAGCAUGGCCGAAGUGAAACCGAGGAAUAUUCUUCCGAGAGUGAAAGUGAGAGUGAAGAUGAGGAGGAACUGCAGGUUAUCUUGGAGGAUUUGCAGAGACAGAAUGAGGAACUGGAGAUAAAGAACAAUCACCUGAACCAAGCGAUUCACGAGGAGCGAGAGGCCAUCAUAGAGCUGCGGGUGCAGCUCCGGCUGCUGCAGCGAGCCAAGUCAGAGCAGCAGGUGCAGGAGGAAGAGGAGCCAGAAAAACGCGGGGGCGUUUCUCAGCAGCAAAGAGACAGUGUCCUGGAGACAAAAGCAGCCAAAGAGCAGCCAAAAGCAAGCAAGGAGCAGCAAGUCAAGCCAUCGCCAAGUAAAGACAGGAAAGAAACUCCGAUUUGAUCAGGCUCCUUGGCUAUGCAUAAAAUCAACUGAACUGUGCAAAUUACUGUAAUUUGAGUCUAACUAACUGCACAAAUUAUUGCUGGCUGUGUACAUUCUGUAAAGAAACUUUUCUUUUAAGCCCUGGAGACUUUUGUCUCUAAUACUUGUGGCUUCUACUCAUCAGACUCAGGUGAGUUUGGAGAGGCCAGAAGAGUUUUUCAGUUAGUAUCAGAUUAUUUCAAAACUGGUUUCCUUCAGGUGAUUUAAAAUAAUUCAGUAACAGUUCUAUUUCAAACCAAAAUCAUUAUUGACAUUCACUGGAGCAGAAUUGGAAAAUAUCAUUUUCAGUAAACAAACAAAAACCCACACACACUUACUAAUUAUUUGCCUUGUGGAUCUGUUCAUCCUCAUUCACCAUUAUUUCUGCUUAUUAACCAAGUCACUUCUUGCUUGUGCCUUUGAUACCUUUCUGAUGCAGAUUAUAUACAAGGGAGCUUUAAAUUUACUCUGGGUUGGCUGAAACGGUGGGAGACUGUGGGGUAUCGUGUUUACCUGACAUGCCCUUAAGCUUCAUUUUUGUUCUGAGAUGUACUGAGUAAGUGUAAAAACUUGAGAGAUGUUAUUUAUGUCCCCGUGUGAUGGAAAUGUUCAUCAAGAGCUGUUCAUGUCUUUUAGCGGUGUAGGUAACACACUGACUCAUUUAUUAACCACCCUCAUCACACCUGUUCAAGACAGGCCCUGUCCAUGCUGCUGCCAUGUAGCCAAGAGCUUUGUCUUCAUCCAUCCUAAAUGCUUCCAUCCCUCAGAGAUAGCCGCUGCUUGUAGGCAGGGAUGGGAAUGGGUUAUGUCACUUGGGCUGUGUCUGCCUGACCAAGCAAUACAGCACUUCCCCUGCACACGUGACGGUCACUUGUGCUUUCUAAGCAAGCCCGAAGGAUGACGCCAAGGGGAAGCACCGGGGGUUCAGCAAUAGCCUCCCUUGUGGUGUUGUUUAAAAAACCAACCACCCCCAUCUGGGACUUGCUUUUGGUUUGGCUGUUUUAACUGCUUCUACCCUUCAAAAUCCUCCACCCAUGCUGGCAUUUAAGGGCCAUUUAAUGUUUUGGAUACACUCAUGAGACUCAUCCAUCAAACCAUAUAUAGACAGAAACUCCACAGAGUGCAUAUAGGCUAUCUUAUUUUUUAAUCUGGAUAUUUAUUUUCAGCACCUGUUGGAUGUGGUGGUAUUCUUUAUCUAUUGCACUGUUGUGAAUCAUUGGCCAUGAUUUGAUUUUGUACAAAUAAUGCUUUGAUAUGUUAUAGAAAACAGCAUAGUAUUUUUUUAAAAUUUGGAAAAAGUUUAUAAACACAGAAAAUGUGAUCAGAUGACAAAUGUAAACUAAAGCAUUCUCCCUUGCCUUCGUUACAUACAUUUUAUAUUUGCUGGCAAUAUUUAAACUUUUUGUUUGUUUAAUUCACACUAAUUCCUAUUGAAUUGUCAUGGAUUUUUCUAAUGUUCUUCAGACAAAUCUCUUAAUAUCGGUUAACUUUUAUUUUGUUAGGAUUGUAUUUAUCAAGCAAAUAAAUUCAACAGCCAUUUGACAG